GGCGAGAUGAAGUAUAUGUUGUUCACUUUUUUUUUGAGCGCCUCUUUGGUAGUUUGUUUCAUUUUUUCACAACCUGAGAGUGACGUGAGAGUUUUUUUGCCGCAGCGGCAAUUUACAGCAGAUGAAAGGUUCACGGUCCAGCUUUCGCAGGUUUCUGUUUUUUGGGUCUGGUUCGACACACAUCAAUCAAAAAACCAGCCUGCUGUCCGGUGAAAUUUGCUUUUUUCUCAAAGAAUCUGAAUCCAGAGCUUUUGAAGAUCUCCACAAGAUGAUCCUGUUGCUGUCGGUCUAAGUAUUGCUCGUUCCUUCGGUCAACGACUCAUCAUACAACUUAUUCCAUCAAGAACUCUUUCUCUUUCUCAUUCUCUGUCGAUGCGCGAUCAUCAAAAUCAUGCUUAGCACGACAGCACGGCUGAAAAUCUGUAGUUGACCACGCAACUACAUUGAUACGGCCUUGCUUGCGCGGCCCAGGCAGCACUACGCUUGGUUCUGUAUCCAUCAGUACUAGAGUAGAUCAUGCCUCCGCUAACGCUUCUGAACGACCGGGCCACAACGCCCAACGACAAAAAGCCGAAGUCGCCCAGCACCCGAACAAACCAGGUCACCUCGCCCUCCUCCGGCAGCAAACAACAGGUCAACCCGAACAACAUUCGUGGCUCGGUGAAACUCUUCAAGAACAUUGUGUCCCCCGAGGGAGUCCAGUCGCAUGACAGGACGGUCGCGGGUAAAUCUAUUCCGGAGCUGUACUACGGAGGACCAACCGCCGGAGGUGAUCACCAUGGUGGUGCGCGGACUGCGGAGGGGUCCAAGGCCAAGUCUUUCCACGGUUCGAAAGCGAUCUCUUCGGCGCCAAGGUCGAAAAAAACCUCGAAGGAGAGCGUGACCUUUUCCCGAAGCAGUAGUAAGAAGUUUUACAACCGAGGAGAACAGGUGCGAUAUGUCUACGCGCCAAGACCGCCAAAGCCGUGGGAACUGGUAUGAGUAUGGAAAUAUAUUGCUUUUGGAUUUUGCAUGAGUUUCUAUUUCUUUGGGAUUCGCGGCAUCGUAUUAGCGCCAUCAAUCUUCAAUUCAAAUUCUGCGCAGGUGAUAUAAUCUGGGUUCUUUCUUUAACUUUGGAAAAAAAUCUUCAUCAGAUCGAACAGCGGCAGGCAUCCAAGAAGAGCAGUCGGCACCACCAUCACGGUUGGCACCAUUUCCUCGCAAGACUGCACGUGGUCGAAGAGAGUGAGUCCGACUGGUCAGAAGACACAGAGACGAGGAAGCAGAAGCACAAAAUGCCAACAAAUCCACGAAAGAACGUCUGCUUCUGGUUCCUCAUACCAACGGGAAUUUUCGUCACCGGUAUAGAUUACUUCGUUAGAAGAAGAUUUGGUUUGCCACGCUGACUAAAACUGCGAUUUUUUUUUGGAUGAGAAAUUCAAUCUUCGAGAAUGAGAAAUAUUGCAUGAUUCUCCCUUGUUGAAUGAGUGACACGCUACUUGCAACAUGCAUGGCCGCUUCCAAUGAAGACGAUAUUUCAUCGCGUCAAAAUGAAAAUCUCCACCAGGCGUGAUUCUGAUGAUGGUGUACUUCGCCGCUAUGGGCAAUCUUCUUCCGCGCAAGGAAUCCACCUGCACCACGAUUGGGUACAAACCGGGGCACAAGUGCGAGGAGUGUCUGUUUGAGUUGUAUCCACAGUAAACCUCCCGUACACGUACCAAAAAUGCGGUUUCUGCAUGACAAAACUUUCUUUCUAUCCUAAUCAGCAUGACAAGGUGCAUGCUCUUCCAAGGUGGUGAAAUUUGUGAUGCAUUUUGUAUAUGUGCAGGAGAGGAAAUUUGUGUUGCAUAGUUUGCAGGUGGAAGGUCACGGGCAGGCGUAUUUCCACCUGAAAUUUGACGACGACGGGAAGCCGCACGACGAACCGUUUCGGGAAUUGUGUCCGCCCACCACGAACUGCUGCCAUUUUAUCACGACCGAGAUUGACGGGCAGGGCAGAGAGAAAUUUUGCGAUGAGGACCCCUGGUCGUGCACUUUCACGGUACUAUUCAUUUGUGAACCAAGUCCGAUUCGUAGUUUAAAGUUUGAUAGACCAACCUUGUGAUGCAUGAUCAUUCAUUAACUAACACUAUUUUAUUCAUCGAUUAGUGCAGUAAAACUUCGGUUGCACCGCCAGCACUUUGAUUGAUGGAUCGAAAAACAAAAACCUAGCUCUCCCACGGCAACCAAACCCCGACGCAAAUCGAGUCCGGCAGCAUGAUUACGCAGUUCAAUGUGAUUCUCGCGUUCGGGUUGCUGUGCCUGCUGCUGUUUUUCCCAAUCUCCCUCUACUACCGCACGGUCAUGAUGUAUCGCAAGAAAAAAGUGUUACAGUUACACAUUGUGGUAGUGUUGCAGACCAAGCAAGACAGACAAGCUCUGUCAUGCCGGAUAUGCAUAGGAGCCUCGUUUCAUACGUGUUUUCCCGUAGGAUUUCUGCAUUACAAGUUUUCUCUCUCAUACAGAGAAAUUUGUGUUGCUGAAUUGACUACAAAUGUGUAACUGUAACACUUUUUUCGUGGGAUAUGAUGCGAGAGUACCACGACCAACUGCAGUACUACAUGGAUGAGACGGAGAGAAACUUCGCCCAGCGGGACCGGGAAGUGCUGGAGUUGCAAGAGCUAGAGGAAGCGGAGAAAUCGGAGAAUUUUGCAAAGCGUUAUGCAUUGCAAGAAUAUCGUACUACGUAUAAAUUGCAUGGCAAAUUUUCUCAGAAAGAGAAACGAAAUUUGUAAUGCGGAUUAAUAAGCUUAAAAUGAAUUUGUAAUGCAUGUCUGCGAUUGAAAAUGGAAUACGUACGAGUAUGGUACUUCUGCAAUGCAUAAGCUUGGCGCUAUCACCAUGCAGAUGGCGCAGGCCGCGGGAAACGCGUUAUCCUGUGCAAAAGUAUCGUACUCGUAGUAAUCGCAGUCAUGCAUUACAAAUCUCCAUCACAAGGCAAAACAGCAUGACAGAUUCCAUUUGUCGUGCUGAGCUAAUUUGUCUUGCGAUUACUACUAGUACGAUACUUUUGCAGUUCAUACGCGUCGUCCGCGAACAACACGGGGUCGAGUUUUCACGGCUCCAACGCCUCCUCCGCCGUGGGCGCCUACGGAGCCAGUCCGCGGAGCGGGGCCAGUCCGAGGAGCCAGGGCGGGAAGAGGAAAAAAGAGGUGCAGCAGUAGAGCACCAGGUCAGCAGCGAAAGAGAUGAUCAACACCAUAUCUGUCUUCUACACUAAGAAAGUCUACACUGGCCGUUUCUUUGUUCUUGCUCGGGUACUUGUUGUAAUUCAGAUUGAACUUCUAACAAAUCUCGAUGAUAACAUGAAUAUUUAUUGCAGGAUCCGAAUGUUGCCAUAUCUCAUUCUCAAUGUAUAAUCUAUCUUUGGGCUCGCUACACAGCAUCAUCGAACACCGAAAACAUGUAGAUAUGGCAGUCCUCAUACCUUUCCGUAAACGGUACCAGUAAGAAAAUCGGACGAAAAAAAUGGAGUCACCAUUACUUUACCGUCUUCGGGAUAUCAUGCUAAUUAAUGAUGAAGCGUGUCUAAGUUGUUCUUGUAUGAUACGUCGUAAUACAAUAGCACAAAUCGAAAAAUGGAAAUUCACGGAAUAAUCCUUGUCCACCUGCAGGUGAUUACCUUGUACAUUUUUGAAAUCUCCAGUUGCAAAUGUAGGUGUACAUCAUCAUGGACAAAGAU